AUGCUGAAGAAGGUACGGUUCACUCCUUCACUCCAGACACACACAACCUUCCAGAAAGCUGCAUACUUUAUGCAACGUUGUUUUUCUUCUUCUCAAGCAGAUUUAGUUCAUGAAAAGGGAUCUUCUUUGCCUAUCCUUUCUCCUCAAUCCCGGUCGUCACCAUUGAUGUUUGUACCUCCUAUUAAUGUUGAUGUUGAUGGAUCGACGGACUACAAUGAUUAUUUUAACUUUUUCAGUCCUGGGGAGCAAACAAAAAUCAGGGUUACGAAGAAAUUUACAAUACCGUGGCAGAAGGAGAUUCUUACGCCUGAUGAUGCCAUCUGUGUUGGCUCUUCUAAUGGCUGGCUUACUUUUGUCCACCCUCGUAGUUGCCGCCCAUACCUUUUCAAUCCACUACUACAAGAGUCUUCACAUCUCCCCUAUGUCCCUCUCCCUCCCUACGAAACCUUAAAUGAUAUAAAAUGUCUACGUGCCCAAAAAGCCGAUCUCCUCUCCCCCUCAACUUCCCUUGUCAAAGACUUCAUGUUAAUCAACAGAAGAAACUGGGGUGAAGAUGCUGCUACUUCAGAUUAUACUAGUUUCGUUAAUAGAUCCGUUCAAAAGGAGAGCAUUCAUUUCAUACAAAAGGUUGCCAUGUCAUCAGCCCCAUCACUCCCACGCUCUUCAUCUACCCAAAAGUGCGAUGAGGACUGCACCGUCUUGAUUAUUCAUGGUGAAGAUUUAUAUUUCUGUAAACUCGGGGACCAUAGAUGGCACCCAUGCGGGACUCUUUUACCAGAGUCAUGGAUCAACGAAGGAAUGACGUUGGGCUACUAUGAAAUCAUGUAUUUCAGCAAGGAUCAACGCUUUUAUGCCAUGACUGGCCCAGACCGCAUAGAUGUCUUGAAUCUCAGCGAUCCUUCUCGUCAAGAACUUGAAACGAUCAGUCCUUCUUCCUCUCCUACGGAUAAAUUUGGAUUUUACUAUCUUGUUGAAUCCUCAGGGGAUCUUCUGUUAGUUAUGAGGUGUUAUGACAUAGGGACAUCUAGAUUUGAGGUUUAUAAGUUGAAUUUUGAUCAAAUUAAGUGGGAGCCUGUGGAAUGCUUGGAUGAUCGGGCAUUGUUUGUCGGUCCUAAUCAUUCAUUUUCUCUCUCAACUGCUGACUAUCCAGAUAUAAGGGAGAAUUCCAUUUACUUCACAAAUCAUGAAGACAACUAUACACGUCUCAAUUAUGGAAUCUUUCACUUGAAAGAUGACAGCUCCACACCUUAUCAUCCUUUCACUUUGAAGAGUGGCGAACUACCAGGAGUUGCAGCAUUUGACCCUAUUUGGGUUGCCCCCAACAAGUUGUAG